UUUAUUUACCGUGGGUGGAAUCACUGGAAUGUCCUUGCACUUGCCGUAAGUCCCGAAAUCACCACCACCAGUUUUGACAUUUUCCGAUGUUUGAUUCCCACAUCAAUAAAAAUCAUUUUGCGGCUAAUAAAAACGACCUGUACAUGUUAAAUAAUAGCUGGACAACGUGCACUGCGAUUUACCGGUAGUACUACUGAUCGGAUUCGGAUAGGCCGUGCAGAAUGCAAGCGAUCAAGUGUGUUGUGGUUGGCGACGGAGCGGUCGGUAAAACGUGCUUGCUCAUCAGUUACACAAGCAAUGCAUUUCCCGGAGAAUACAUACCAACUGUUUUUGACAACUAUUCAGCCAAUGUUAUGGUUGAUGGAAAACCUAUAAAUUUAGGCUUAUGGGAUACUGCUGGUCAAGAAGAUUACGACAGGCUUAGGCCUCUUUCAUAUCCACAAACAGAUGUGUUUCUAAUUUGUUUUUCUUUAGUAAAUCCAGCAUCAUUUGAAAACGUUCGAGCAAAAUGGUAUCCAGAAGUCAGACAUCAUUGUCCAAGUACUCCAAUUAUAUUAGUCGGCACAAAACUCGAUUUACGAGAAGACAAGGAAACGAUUGAUAAGCUUAAAGAGAAAAAACUCACUGCUAUUACAUAUCCACAGGGUCUAUCAAUGGCCAAAGAAAUCGGAGCAGUAAAAUAUCUGGAAUGUAGUGCUCUGACCCAAAAAGGUUUAAAAAUUGUAUUUGAUGAAGCCAUUAGAGCUGUUUUGUGCCCUGUACUGCCAGUCAAGCCAAAACGUAAAUGCGCAAUAAUAUAACAGUUGCGGCUUUGUGUUGUCAACGGGACUUUAUAUCCAACAGUGGAUUGUCCGAAACUGAUAACAGUCAGUUCUUCGAUUGGUAUACAUGUUGUCGCAUGUGUAUAACAACUAACAAAAACAAAAGUUCUUCCUGCAAAAUAAUAAUGCGCACAUAAUUACUAUGUUAUGUAAUGUAUAGUACGGUAAGAAAUUUAUAUAUAUAUAUAUACACACAUUUAUAUAUAUAUUAUUAUUAACUAGGGACCUAUUUUCUGUUGAACAAACUCGUGGCCUAAUUUUAUAGUCUAAUCAUGUAAUCUAGAUAGCUUAAUAAUUUUUAUGUAAAAAUUUUUAUUUAAAUAUAUUCUGUAAGUUAAAAAGAUUCUGUAAUUGUAAAUUAAUACAACCGAUAUAAAUUAUAUUGUGAAUUUUUUUUUCUGAUUAUUUUAACAAUUUGUUUUAUUAUUAUUCUUUUUUUUUUCAAGUUGCCCGGUGCUACUUAUUUUCUGUAUUUUUACUGAAACUUUUUUUAACUUGGUGAUUUGGCCAGAAAUUAUGUAUCUCAAUAACUCGAUAUUAUUAUUUUUUUUUUGUUUUGGAAUAAAUAACCAUAUUAUAUAUUUAGUCUAUUUAUUAUUUUUAGUUAUUAAAAAAAAAAAAAAAAAGAGUUAAAUACCAGUAGAAUUUUUAUUAUCUUAUUAUUGUAUUAAACGCAACAAAACUAGAUGAUGUUUAUUUUAUUACAGUUCA